AAGAAGAAUUGGGGAAGAUUGUGUAACGAAACAGUAGAUCAAUGAGAGGAAACACCCCCCCCCCCCCCAAGAAAAUCACCAGUUCGUCCGCAUGCUUUGUUUAUUGCUGAUAAAGAUUAGAGAUUGCGUGCUUAAAGGGAAUCCUCCAUUCUUUUGUAACGAUACGCAUAGGAGCAGGGCAUAACCGAUGCUCGAUUGAUUUCACUCUUCUUCUUCUUCUUGGUGCCAAAACCCCUACUGUCAGGUCAACACUUGAUGUUGAAUGUGAACACUUGAUGUUGCCGUCUUCAAUCUUUCUUCUGGGGUUCCUACUUGGGGCACUCGCUAUAUUCGCCGCCCAAGCUGCGGCAGUGGUGUAUGUGAUCAUCAGAUUGAAGCGACGAGCCAAACAAUAUGAUGCCAAGGCGUCAUCGCAAGCACAAUCGCGAUCUUCUCGAUCCGUCUCCGAUCACCACUCUCUUGAUCCGUCUUCUUCCAGUUACAGAAAGAAGGGAGCUGUUUGGGUUUUAGAACCGGAAAAGCUUCCAAAAGCAUGGCUUGCAGACAAAGUGCCAGGACAACAAAAGCAGAAGAAAGAGAUCUUCGAGGUUUCCCCAGUCCAUAAAUACGCAGAAAUCAAAGAUGAUUCAAUUAUUCUAACAGAAGCAGAUGGUUCCCGUACAGAAAUUCAGCUAAAGGGUUGUACAGUAGUUGCUGUUUCUGCCUCAAGCUUUUCCUCGAGAAAAUGGGCCAGAAGAUAUCCGAUUAAAGUGGAGAGCAAGAUCUCAAUUUUGUACAAAGGAAGUAAAACUGUUUACCUAUAUCUUGAGACAUCCUGGGAGAAGGAGUCAUGGUGUAAAGCCCUUCGUCUUGCAUCCUGUAAUGACAAAGACAAACUGAAGUGGUUUUCAAAGUUGGAUGUAGAAUUCCAGAGUUACCUGGCAACCUUGAAUACAGGAUAUCCUUCAUUUAUAAAGCCCGGUAUGGGUUUCAAUGCUGCUCCUUUAGAUCGAUCUAUUAAGCUUGAUGGUUCUUCAUCAAAGGUUCGCCAUUUUCUGAAAAGACUUGCAAAGAAGAUGCCUAAGAGCGGUCCAGAAAUUAAGACUAACUGGAACUUGUCAUCAAUCCGUGAAGAGAGGAAACUCCCUGAGAAAUGCCAUUCAUUCCAAGAUGCAGUUUUGCCCCGUGGUAUUAUAAAGUCUGCUUCUACAGGAAAGGCACCUAACUUCUCUCUGGAGGAGAAGAUGGUUCCUCCUCCAUCAAUUUUUGCGCACUCAGCUAGCGGAACCAACAUGUCUGUGUUCUCUGAUGCAGAUUCUGAUGACAAGAUUGUUGGUGAUGAGGGAACACUAUGCUGGAAUUUGUUAAUUUCUCGUUUGUUUUUUGAUGUCAAAAGCAGUAUGGAGAUGAAAAAAAUUAUGCAAGCAAGGUUUCAGAGAACACUGUCCAAUAUGAGGACUCCCAGCUAUAUAGGCGAUGUCACCUGUACUGGCAUAGACCUUGGAGAUCUCCCUCCAUAUAUUAAUGGUAUGAGGGUUCUUCCCUCAGACAUGAAUGAGGUAUGGUCCUUUGAAAUUGAUGUUCAAUAUGCUGGAGGUGUGGUGUUAGAUAUUGAAACAAGGCUUGAAGUUCGUGAACUAGAUCGUGAAGAAGGUUUAAUGGAAACAAAUUUCAAUCCAAUUUCUGAGGCAGAGGUUCCAUCAGAUCUUCUAGAAGACUUUGAGAACUUUGAAAAGCAAUUGGGUUUUUCUGAUGGCACAGUUGAUAGAACAGAGCAAAAGGAUGAAGCAUGUCCAAAAAUAGAUGGGAUGAAAAGUAGUAAGAGCGUGAAUAAAGCACCACCUUCUGUGUCCAGGUGGAAAUCUAUUUUAAAUUCUAUCACCAAACAUGUUUCACAGGUGCCUCUAUCCCUGGGAAUAAGGGUGGCAUCCCUUCGAGGAACACUGCGACUGCAUAUAAAACCUCCUCCAUCUGAUCAAUUAUGGUUUGAGUUCACAUCCAUGCCUGAUAUCGAUUUCAACUUGGAUUCUUCUGUCGGAGAACACAAGAUUAAUAGUGGACAUAUUGCUUUGUUACUUGUCAGUCGGUUCAAGGCAGCAAUUCGGGAGACUCUUGUUUUUCCAUUUUGUGAAAGCAUAUCCUUGCCAGGGAUGUUAGCAGAAAAGGAUGACUGGGUUCCACGGGCUGUUGCUCCAUUCAUAUGGAUUAAUCAGGAAUCUGUCAGUGAUCCCGAUGGUGUUCGCGAAGGGGCCAGUUGUCAACCAGCCAAAGUUACAACUACAUCGGAUUCAUCUAGGGAAACUGCCAAUAAUUUCCUGGGAGCCAAGCACGAAAACACAAAGAAAGUAGAACUUUCUGGCGUACCGAUCAGCCAAACCAAUGAUAGACAUGCAUCCUUGUCUGAUCCAACCAGUCUGUCGACUUGCAGCAGCAAGUCUAUGCAAGAACUGAGUACCCCCUUGUUGAGAGAUGAGGAAGAAGAGACUUGCAGCAGUUCUAGAAAAGAGAACACAGAUGGUCAAUCAUCGUCUCAGCCAUUGAUCUUGGCUGGGGAGCAGAUAGAAAUCACAGAAGAAGAUGACGCCAGGCCGAAGAGAAUGGGGACCAGAGCAAAGAUGCUUGGUUUGGGGAAGAAGAUGGGGGAGAAGUUUGAAGAGAAGAGGCGUCACAUUGAAGAAAAAAGUAGGCAUAUUGUGGAGAGGAUGAGGGGACCACCUUAGCCUGGUGAGAUGGGACUUGAACUUGUAUGAAACAUAAUUAGAUUGUGCCAAAGAUGGAUGAGUGAAGCAAAUAAUCCGAGUUCACAAGGAAAGAAAUAGGGGAUUUACAUGCAUUUUAUCAAAGUAUAUAGGUCAACUUUGAGAGUUGCAAGAAUUAGUUCUUUGAUGUGAUUGACAUGCUCUGCUGCCUCUGCAUAAAUACACAACCAAACCUUGUAGCUAGCUAGCUAUCUGUAUGUAUGGUUUUGCUCUUCAUUUCUUCUAAAGCUUGUAGUUUAUUUUGGGA